CAACUCAUCCACACUGGAGAGAGACAGUUCAGCUGUGACGAGUGUGGAAAGUCUUUUACCCACUCUGGAAGGUUAAAAACACACCAACUCAUUCACACUGGAGAGAGACCAUUCAGCUGUGACGAGUGUGGAAAGUCUUUUACCCACUCUGGAAACAUAAAAGCACACGAAGUCAUCCACACUGGAGAGAGACAGUUCAGCUGUGGAGACUGUGGAAAGUCUUUUACCCACUCUCGAAACUUAAAAACACACCAACUCAUCCACACUGGAGUUAAAGCGUACAGCUGUGAUCAGUGUGGCAGAGCUUUUACUCACAGUAGCAACUUACAGAGUCAUCUAGUUACCCACUCUGGAAUUAAGGCAUACAGCUGUGACAUUUGUGGAAAAACCUUCAGCCGGAUAGGGAGGCGAAAUACACACCUACGCAUUCACACCAGAAAUGAUGUGUACAGCUGUGAGCAGUGUGGCAAACAGUUUGCUACAAACACAGAGUUACGAUGUCACAUGUUUACCCACUCUGAGGAGAGACCUUAUAAAUGUGACCUGUGUGAGAAGACUUUUUAAAUCUCCACGUUACCUGAGACGACACCAACAGAUCCACACUAGAAAGACUUUCCAAGUGCAGUUGCUGUGAGGUAUUUUUAUUUUUAUCUUGUGAUUUUAGUCUGACUGUCUGAAACAACGGUUAGCAACAUGUUAGCAUUUCUGCUGCAUGGAAAAGCAGCUCUGAGUGAUUAUUCAGAUUUGAAUUACAGUAUUUUAGUGGUAGCAGUUGAGAAUUACAUUAAUGUAAUUGCAGUAUUGUUUCUGUUAUAGUUUUUGCAACACAUUAAGCUGAGUAUUAUAAAGCAAACAGUAAAUGGAUGUUAUUUUAUGUCUUGUCUUUUCUUAGUCCUGGAUGUUGACACAGAUGAUGUUUUGUUUUUUGUUUCAGGCUCCACAGAGUUCAGGUGGAGUCUUCUGUAAAGAUCUGAUGAGGCACCUAUGAAUGAAAAUGUGCCUCUCGUUACAUUUUAAGCUUUCUAAACUGUUCUACUGUAGUGUUUGUGUUGAGUGGUUAGCUUUGUUCCAGCA